AUGACACUCGAGAAGCUCGCCUCCAUCAAUCCCAGACUGUCAAGUGCGAUCUCUGCUUUUACCGUGGACGAUGCAGUCCACCCCUCCCCCAGCGAAAAGGCGAACGCGGAUAGCGGUAGCAUGUACUUCGUCGAACUGGGCGUGCAAUGUGUCUACGAACGCUUGCCUCGAAAACAGAUUCUGUCUUCCAAAAAGCAGGCAAGCUACAGCAGGAGACUGCGCGCCCUCGAAGAUGUGCUGCAGGAUCUCGUGCAAAAUCAGCAUCCUGUGCACAUGGACUUGGGCAAACCCGACCUGAUACCAGACGAGUCUAGCCACAUGCACCUCGAUGGGCUGCAAGAACCCAGAUCAAGCGAUCCAGAAAAAGUCUACAGAACAACCAAUUAUCUAGAGGAGAACGGAGACGAGGACACGGUCGACGGUAUGGCUACAGUCACCAGUCCGAAGACCAUGUCUUCUAUGGUCUUCGGGCCCUCCUCGAACAUAGCCUUUCUUCGUCAGGUAAUCGAUGCUACUUCGGCCGCAUCGCAAGGCUUGGGAAAGACAUCACUAUCAGGAAACACCGCCAGCCGGACAUACAUCUCUUCAGAUGCCUCUCCAGAUAACCCGAGGGCAAGGUUUAGUUCAACAGCUCGGCAACCUUUCGAUCCCAUCCUCUUGCCCUCCGAUUCUCACGCACGACAUCUGAUCAGACUCUUCUUCUCCAACAUUGGAAUGCUGUUUCCCGUCGUCCAUGAAAGUGUGUGCAUCAGAGUCUACUGUACCGCCAAAUUGGACGGCCCGGGUGCAGUCAGUCAAUCGUGGCUAUGUCUCCUCAAUGUCAUCUUCGCUCUGGCCACAUGUGCCAGCACAACACCCAACCAGUCAGCAGAGAGGGACGAAGAGACGGCUGAAGAAUUCAUCGAGAGGGCAGAAGCUCUCGCGGUCCACAUUGCGAUGAAAUCAGCAGACUUGGAAAUCGUCCAAUGUCUCCUGCUGAUUGCACAAUACUGCCAGGGGACUCAAAGGCCUGACGAGGCUUGGCAUUUGCAUGGUCUUGCAGUUCGUGCUGCCAUACAAUUGGGAUUGCACUCGUCACAUGCAUACACGGAGUUGAAGCCGCUCGAAUGCGAAUUACGGAAAAGGACGUGGUUCGGUUGUGUAAUUCUGGACAGGAUGCUGAGCAUGACUUUGGGUCGCCCGUGCACGAUAUCCGACGAGCUCCUCCAAUUAGAUCUGCCUUCUGAUAUUGGUCUCGAUGCGGUGAGUAGGGGAUCUACCCGAACGACGUCGGACGAGCAGCCUGCUGCUCCUUAUACGGUCUGCCUUUUCAUUGCAACAAUCCAACUGUACGACGUGCUAGCCGACAUCAUCAAGAAGCUUUACGGUUCUAACGUGGACGCCGAUGCUCAACAAACCGUUCCCGCAUUGCUUGCAACAAUCAGCCAGCUCGAACACAAGCUUGAGGUAUGGAAGCAAAACCUGCCUCCCCAGUUGCAGCAGGUACCCUCGGAAAUCAAACUAACAGGUUGGAACUUGUCGUCCUCACCGGGGUUUGCACCGGUGUUCGACCGUCUCAGCGUCAUUCUUGCUCUUCGGUACCUGAACACCCGCAUUCUCCUCCAUCGACCGAUCCUUUCCGCGUGUUUGCGACAAAGAUACCCAUUUGGCACCCUGAAUGAGCCUGCGUCCGACGUUCAUGACAAAUUCCCCCACGAGUUUGCCAGCAUCAGCGUAGAAAUCUGCGAACGAUCGGCGGUAGAAGUGAUUGACAUCGUCUGCAAGGCAAGUCGGCAUCCUCGCAUGCUGGGCACCUGGUGGUUUUCCGCCUAUUACACUUACAACGCGGCUCUGGUUAUAUUCUGCUGCAUUCUUCUGCAUGCUACUACCACACCCGGAAGGAGUAAAUCCACUGAGACGGCCGAGCAUCAGCGUGCGAAUCUGGGAAAGAUCGUCCACCUCCAACGGGCCAUCGAAGCCACGGGAAGACUGGGGCCGGGCUCGAUCACAGCAAGAAAAAUCCAACAGGCGCUGUUGACGCACAGACAAACCUGUAUGGCCUUGGUCCAAAGCGACAUGGGAGAUAGCGGCAAAGCAUUUGCAUCUGAGUCAUCCACUACUGCUGCUGGUGGCACGUUGCCGCCGCCCCCUCCAAAGGUCGAUGCCGUUCAAGUCUCAAAUGCGAUCGGCAUGGGCAGCAGCGAAGCUUCCAGUGUUCCUUUCCUGGACCUCGGUCAGGAUGAUCCUUUUGUGACGUUGGACGAGGGUAUAGACCAGUCCUGGAGUGAUAUCGACUGGUUCUCCGACGUGUUCGGACCGGACACCCAGCUGGGCAGUUAUCCAAGGCCGUCCAGUGCUAUCGAGGACUUACUGCCCAAUGGCAGGUUUGUGGGCAUGUCGCUUGACUGA